AUGGGUAUAUUACUGAGAUUCCGGGAAAGAGCCAUAGGUAUAGCAGGCGAUAGAAGUAAGAUGUAUAACAGUAUUAAGCUCCCUGAAAUGGAGCAACAUGUCCUUAGGUUUAUAUGGAGAAAUUUCCAAUCUGAUUGUGAACCAGAACAUUAUGUUUUAACGUCUAUGGGAUUUGAUGAUAAACCUUCUGCAAUAAUUGUCAUGUUAGCUCUUAAACACACUGCAGAGUUAUCAAUGGGAAAAUAUCCUGAUGCAGCCUCCAUGAUAAUAUCAAAUUCUUAUGUGGAUGAUAUUAUACAUUCUGUUGACAGUAAAGAGAAAGCUUUGCAAUUGAUUCGAGAAACUGAGGAAAUACUCUCAGAUGGUGAUUUUAAGGUUAAACAGUGGAUUAUGACUGGUGAUGAUGGUAUGUGUAACAUGAAUAUUUCAGAAAAUGAAAGUGAAAAAAUUCUUGGCCUAUAUUGGGACCGUUGGAAUGAUGAAUUUAAAUUUAAAGCAAGAUUAAACUUUUCUCCCAAAUACAAAGGUGUAAGAACAGAGCCAGAUUUAAACAUUUUAAAUUUCUUUGAUAAUGUUCCUUCAGAUUUAACUAAGAAAGUUGUUGUAAGUCAAAUGUGUUCUGUGUAUGACCUGCGAGGUUUACUUCUUACUUACACAUUGAAAGCCAAAAUGUUAUUACGUGAAGCUCCACCAUCUGCAGUAGAUCUGCCCAUGCUUGUUAUUUUUAGUGAUAGUUCAUCAAAUGCAUAUGGUGCUUUAGCUUAUGCGAGAUGGAAAUUGAAAUCUGGAACAUUUGAAACUGUUGCAAGAGCACAGAUACAAAAGGAGUCGCAUGGCUUUAGAACAUUUAUAGCAACACGAAUAGCAGAAGUCCAGUCUAAGAGCAAUCCUAGUGAAUGGUGGUGGGUAGUUUCUGAUCAUAAUCCUGCAGAUUUACUUACUAGACCUAAUAACCCAUCAGAUAAUAAAAUCUGUUCAUUGUGGAAGUAUGGCCCUAAAUUUAUGACUUUACCAAUAAGUCAAUCCACAGAAUUUACUGGUAGGAUAUUAGAUAUGAUAAAGCUCAGAUCCUUAAAAGGUAUCUUUUUGAGACUUGAACCAGAAAUUCUAAAAGAAGCAGAACAAUUUUGGAUCAUGCAAGCACUAAAAUGUCUUUCUGAUGAUUGGAAACAGAAAUAUCAAAGAUGGGGCCCUAUAAAACUGAAGAUGGCACAAUUAUGUCAUCUACAUAAUACAGAUCACACUGGAGUGGAUGUUACACUUUGUAAGCUGCAGACAAAGUUUUGGGUUCCUUCUGCUCGUAAAAUGAUCAAAUCAGUGAAACGUAAUAGUGUCACAUGUAGGAGGCUGGAUUUCAAAGUUGGAAGGUCAAACCAUGGUCCAGGGCUGUACAUGGGUAUCCAGCUACUGUUCAUUCAGACCUAG